AGAAACGGUGCUUGGGUUGGGUACUCGAUAUCGGUAGGAUUCGAAGGACGCAGCCAUGUCCAACCGUUUGCUGAGGCGAGUCCUCAAGGAACGGGAGGAGAUGAGGUUCGCCUCCUCUGAUCUCGAUCCGGAAGCCGCCGCCAUCGAAAACGACGAGGAAUCUGAUUCUCCGCCCGCCGGUUCUCGCUUCAAGAACCCUUUCGAUCUCCUCGAUGAUCAGGAGGAUGAUCAGCAAUUUGAUGUUCAAGAGCAAGCACAUGAUGUCGGUGGACAAGAAUUGGUGGCCAGAAAACCUGCUAAUACUAUUCCAUCUUCUAAUCAUAAAUUAAAGAAAAAGAAGAAAAAGAACAAAGAUGAGUCUAAAGUAGAAAAGUCACUGGAUUCAAUUCUAGAAGAGCUAUCAAUCAACACAAAGCCUUCUAACAAUCAGAGUUUGUCUGAAAAUGUGAAAGCAUUGGGAAAUGAGGCUCACGAAAAUAACAAGAAUGGCAGAUCUUCUGUCCUAAUAGUCAAUCCAAAGUAUUUAAAAGCUGAGAAUGAGCUGCGGAAAAUAUUUGGUUCGAAAGUUGUCAACUCUUUUGAGAACCAACAUAGUGUUGGCAGCUCAAGACAAAUGCAUGGCGGAAGGCAGGCAGCCUAUAAUCUAAGGAAAACAUAUCUUGCUUCUCCAUCAGGAUUAUGGCCACGAUGGGACAAUUCCAUCACUAUGGAGCUUCUGGAGACAAAGGAUGGGAUGCACUAUUUUAGGUACAUGUACACCCCAUCUUACAAACAUGCACAAGAAGCAUUCGAAGCUGCCAAAGCAGCCAACAAUAUUAAUGCUAUUGGGGAUAUCUUGGGGCAUCAUCCCUAUCAUGUAGAUGCUUUAUUGACCUUUGCUGAAUUAUUCAAGUAUUCAGGAGAACAUCAAACGUCUGCUGAGAUGAUUGAAAAGUGCUUAUAUGCAUUGGAGUGUGCAUGGCAUCCACUAUUUACACCCCUGCAAGGUAAUUGCCAGUUGAAAUAUAGCCAUGAUACAAAUAAACCAAUUUUUUCAGCCCUUUUCAGCCACAUGAAAAACAUGGACAGACGUGGUUGUCACCGGUCAGCUCUAGAGGUUUGCAAGCUGCUACUUUCACUGGAUUCUGAUGACCCAAAGGGAGCAUUAUUUUGCAUUGAUUACUUCUCACUUAGAGCACAGGAGUAUAGAUGGUUGGAACAAUUUGUUGAGGAAUAUGGGACUGACAACUCGUUGUGGUUGUUGCCUAAUGUCUCAUAUUCUCUUGCUGUAUCCCGUUUCUACCUUGAGUGCAGCGAUGAAUCUAGUAUAAAUCACAGUGAGAAAGCUACCUCUAAAGAUCUUAUGAAACAGGCCUUGAUGCUUCAUCCUCUUGUGCUUCAGAAACUAGUAACUAAGGCACCUCUGAAGGAUUCGGCAUGGACCCAAAUACUCAAAUAUUCAUUUUUUGGUUCAGCAAAAGCAGGAAGCCCCUCUCUUGACCACCUGAUAAAUAUAUAUGUUGAACGAAGUUAUAUAUUAUGGAGGUUUCCGGAAUUGCAAGCUUUAUUAAAAGAUGCAGCUUUGCUAGUGGCUGAAUCACUCGAGCAAAAUAGCAGCGAAGCCAGGGAUUGGGAAUGUGUAAGGAAGGAAGCUUUUUCAUCAGAAAAGAAUGAGUAUUCUUAUCUAAUGGUUUCAGAUUUCUCUGAUGUGAUACCAUCACUUCCUCCUGAAGAGAUAAGACACUUUAUGGCUGGCCCUCAACCGGUGCGCGAGAUGCCAGAUGCUGAUAGAGGAGCUGUUCCUGAGAUAGGCCAUGCUGCACGUUUGGAUUUACCCCGCAACGCUGCAAUUGCCUUCCUUGAGUCAAUACUGCCUUGGGCAGACUAUGGAAUCAAUAGAAACAGAGGACCCGACGACCAUGACCAAAAUGUUGAUGGCUGAAAGCAGCAGUAUAACCCUCUAGCGAACCACUGUAUUAACCCUGGAAGCAAAGAAACCCCACACUGCAGUAGUGGUAUAUAACAGGAGAAUAUGAUCAAAGUGAAGCAAACCAUGGGAAAGAUCUUUUUAUUGGAUAUCAUUGUGUUAUUUCAGAUUUUCUCAUAGUUUUGUUUGCUCGGUCAACUCGUUAUACUUGACAUUGCAAAUAAUAAUGUGAUUUCUCAUGUUAUGUAACCAUCUUCCAUUUUCA